UUUUAGGAUGAAGGCGGAUGCAAAAAAGAAAUUGGUGAAAAAAGCAACAAAACUAAUCAAUACUGAAAAUGCUAUUGAUGGUACCAAACGUUUUGAAAAUAUUUCAAGUGAAAAGGUUCAUUUUGCCUUUUCAUGGGGCACACAUUUGAGUGACGAGGAAUUUGAAUGGGUUUUCCAGUUGUUCGUAAUUAAUAUGCGUACAAUGUAUCAGAUCUCUCAAUGGGGCUAUGAUGAAGUAAGCAAAAAGCAAGAACUUCGGGCAACUACAUCAAGAUAUAUCAUUGCGAAGAAUGAAGAUAAAAAACCGAUCGCUUAUUUGCACUAUCGUUUUGAUAUUGAUUUCGAUUCAGCUGUAUUAUAUUGUUAUGAAAUACAGGUAGAGGACAAAUAUCAGGUUAAAGGUAUUGGAUCGGCUCUCUUAUCUAUUGCCGAAUGUCUUGGAAAGAAGAUGUCAAUGGACAAAUUGAUGGCUACAGUGUUCGCAUUUAAUGGGAAUUCGCUUGCAUUCUUUCACAAGAAUGGCUUUAGUGUUGAUUCAUCAUGUCCGGACGCUGGUGAUUACCUGAUUUUAUCAAAGCCGUUAUCUGAUUGACGAUCUCAACCGAUGUAGUUAUAAUUUCACUUAAAAAAAAUCAUUUAUUUCAUAUUUUAUGUGUACAUAAUCCUUGUUCUUGUUUUAUUAUAAACAUAAUUGACUGUCAGUUGGAAGGAAAGAACAGAUUCCCACAAAUUUAAUACAAGUUUAACAU